GUUCAUGGUGAAACAAGAACAAUAUUUGUUUCAGUGCAGAACAUAAGUAAAUGAUGGUCUUGACAUCGCCAUUUCCUCUGGUAUAUGUUUUUAGAGCUGAAAUUGUUAUUUCUAACACAGACAGUUUAAUGCAGAAAAGUGAAAUGUUGAAGUAAUAAUGUGAUUUGGUGUCUUUCUAAGGAAGCUCCAGUUCAAGCGAGAAAAAGUAUGAAAUCAUUAGGAUACAGAGCAUGGGCCAAUUUGUAUUUUCUGACCACUGUUUCAGUUUUUUUUUUUUGUUUUUUUUUUUAGUUUUUUUUUUCCUGAGUAACAAAAAGAAAUCUCUGUGUAACGACCAAUAUCAGUGAAUUGAAAUAUCAUGAGUGUGAUGAAUUGCUCAAUAAGUGUAUUUUGGGUCAUCACUUUAUUGCCAACUAUAAUAUUUUAGAAAUCUUUGGAUUAUACGUUUACAGUGUACAUGAAAUCAAAGAUAAUUCUUAAUUCAAUGAUGGUAUCAAAAAUUUAGAUAAUCCUUCAACUUGUAUCUGAAAUUACUUCUUAUAGUGUAGUUGAGUUUUCUAUAUUCUUCUAUUAAAGUAUGAAGUCCUUACAGCAUUUCAAAUUCAAUAUACCUGCAAAAUUCAGGAUUAAAUUUAUUUUUUUUAAUUUGCAUAUAACAAUUUCUAUUCCAAGAAUUGCUAUCUAGCUUAUAUUAUAAAGAUUUUUUAAUGAUUCUAGUAGAAAGUAAAUGCAAACCCAAAAUCAAAAAUAUAUACUAUGAGGAGUACUUAUACAAAUCAAAAGCGUAGUCUUCUGUAUUUUAUCAUCUUGUUUACUUAGGGUUAAAGUAAAAUUGUUUAUUAGUUCAGUUAUUCCAUGUAUAUUUUAAAAUUAAUAUUGUAAUCAUUACUGUUGGCUUUUCAUUUAGUUUUUACGUCACAUUGAUAUGUUGUUCUGUUUGAUACUGUACUGAGCUGAAACAGAUAUUGGUACAAAUUUAUAUAAGACUUGCCCAGGCCUAGUGGUUGAAAAAUACUGUUUUACAUCAUAACGUUUGUCUGUUGUUCAGUAGUCUAUAUUAGUUAUGUUAUUUGUUAGAUUAUUAUCUUGAAAGAGACAGGUGAGAGAUGCAGUUUUCCUUAUUCAUGGAUAGUGUAGCUAUGGAGAAUAUGCAAAGACGUUUAGGGAUUAGAAGGAUAAGGUAAAGGACUUCCUGCACCUAUUUUUUCAUAAUAGAUAGGAAUCAUUGAGGACACCAGGUCAAUUUACAUGUUUCCUUUUGUACCUUGACCUUUUUGGGGAACUUUCUUUCAGAUUUGUUGAUUGGGGAAGAAGUCUAAGGAGUUAAAAUCUCAUGUUUUACCAGAUUAGUAAUGUAGUAUAAGAAGUCAGGAAUUAAGUCAAGAUGUCAGAAUACUGCCUGCGCUGGAACAAUCACCGGCCCAACCUGGUGACGGUCUUCUCAGAGUUGCUCACUUCAGAGGCUCUGGUGGAUGUCACGCUAGCCACUGAUGGUCAUUACAUUCAUGCUCACAAACUAGUACUUUCAGCAUGCAGUGUUUAUUUUAAGGAUCUUUUUAGGGCAAACCCAUGUAAACACCCUAUUGUAAUCCUGAAGGAUAUCCGCAUUGAUGACCUCAAAACAGUCAUUGAUUUCAUAUACCGUGGAGAGGUCAAUGUUGCCCAGGACAGACUCCAGGAUGUGCUCAAGACAGCAGAAUCACUAAGGAUCAAGGGGCUGGCCGAAAACCCACGUAGCUACGAUGAGAUGUCUAGUCAUGGUGCCCGCUUCUCACAGUCAUCAAUUGGCUCUCAGGUAACACGACAGAGAUCAUCACUUACUGACUCGCGAGAACAGUCCUCGAGCCUUGAAGGCGAAGAGGAAGCAGAACCCGGAACACCACCCUCAACCAAACGCCGCAAAAUCACACCUUCCCAUGACAGCUCAGAAAGUGUUCAUGAGGAAACGGAGAAUGACAACAAGGCCUGCUCAUAUGAAGUUAAGGACGAGCCAGUUGACGAUCGUGAAAAUGAGAGAUCACAGUCGAGGGGCGGCGAACAAGAGUCAAAUGUGAAUCGGGUUGCUGAUGCUAUGCUCAUGCUCCAGGGUGUCAGCUCAGAUAAUGCAGAUGAAUCUGGCAACACCCCCGGCACCAGUAGUGACUCUACCUUAACAUCAUCACAUUCACAAGGUCGUGGGAAGCGAGGAGUACUACAGCGACAACAUGGUAUUAUCCGGGAUGCUGCAGGUGAGGAGCGCAGGGAAGAAAACCGAGAAGCUACCCAUCAGCAGCAACACCCUCAGCAGUCACAGCAUCCUCAGCAACAGCUAGCACUACAAGAGUCUGGGAAGAGUGACAUAAAGGAUGUAAAGGGUGAUGCAGAAAAGGAGCCAGAACUUAUUAUUCCAGAUACUGUGGUGGUCUCAGGUGGAACAGUAACAUUGUCAAGUAAUCAGCCAACACUCCUUCAGGUGCCAACUAUGGUAGUGGGACAUAGAGACUCCAUUGGACCAGGACCACUACCCAAACAGCAUUCACAUCCAACACCUCCUCUGACCCCAACACCCAUCAUUAGUAAACAGUUGUCUCAUCCAGAAUCCCGAGGUCCACCAACACAUCAAGGACCCCCUCAAAUGUCUAAACAGAGAUCCCAUCUAGGUGUUCUGACACACACACCAUCACCAUCAGAAAGAUUACCAAGUACUACUACCACCACAAGCACUAGCAGUACAGCACCUCAACAGCAGCAACACUUACAGGUAAUUCCCAUGCAUUUAGUUAUGAAACCAAGACCCCCACCAGUAACCAUGCCAUCACAGCUGAGACCAAUUCAGCCAAAGCCUUGUGAAGGCCCAGCUGGUUCUGAACCACUUCCUAAGAAGGAAAUACCCUUGAUACGUCUGACACCUUCAGAAGAUGGAGGCAAUGUAAAUAUUAGUAGUAGUGGCUUUAAUAUGAGUGGUUGUACAGUGACUGGACCUUCCCGACCCAUAAGGGCACUGAGUGAGGAACCAGCUAUGUCUAGACAGUCAAUGACUCACACACAUGAGCAGUUAGCUCCAGGACCAUCUGUCUUAAUACAGAGUGUGUCACAAGAUUCAGGUCUAGACUCUGGUACUGGAAAUCGCAUGUUAAGUACACCUCAGCUAUCAGUGACAACCACACCUCCACUCAGACCUGCUUCUUCUCCUGGUCACUGUCCCGUCCUCCGUGGUGGUCCUGCUCUAGGAUGCAACUUUUGUUGGAACUCAACAGACCCACAAGGAAGAGUUCUUCGUCGAAAGACAAAAUAUCAUUGCCCAGAGUGUAGAACCAACCUGUGCAUUGUUCCUUGCUUUCAUGAGUACCAUAAACAGAUAGAACGUUCACAGGACACUGACAAACAGAUUACAAAGAUUCUUACGAAAACUAGUUCAUUGUAGUGGGUGAAUGGCAAGCAGCAGACAACAGGGGAAAAUUAGAAAGUAUCCUUUGAAGAAGAUCUAAGUGUAACAUUGUUAUUUCCAGUGCUAUGAACUAGAAUCUAACAUGAUCAAAAUGUUUAUUUAUUGAUGUAAAUAUUAGAUGAAAUCACUUUCACAUAUGCAUUCAGCUGUGUUCUACACAUAUCCACUAUUGCCAACAAAUGGGUGUCUAUCAGAAAUGUCUGUCUAGUUAAGAAAAAAAAUAUUUUACAAUUUUACAGCUAGAUAGAAAUUUGACUAUUAGUCUCAAUAGCUUCUUUUUUUCCUUCAGAAAUUUACCAUGAAAUCUCCAUGUCUGUUCUUUAUUUUGGUCAGAUUACAUAAGUAGCAGGAAAAGUAUAACUUUGAAGUUUGUUACAUGUAUGAAGUUGUUCAUAAAAGUUCAUAUAGCCAAAAGAAAAAAACAAAUAUAUGAUGUUGAACUUCAGUUGGCUGGUCAGUGAAAUACAAAGUUAUUUGUAUGUAUGUACAUGUAUUUUGUUAUUGUCUUAUUUUUUAUUUAUCUUUUUUUCUUCUUUGUCAUCCUCUUCUUAUUCUUCAAUUUCUCCAUGUUAGGGGGGGGGGGGGGGGGGGGAAUCAUUCAUGGCACACACAAAAAAUAAUAUGUAUCACACAAGGUGGUAAUGGUUUUAUGAGAGUUUGGUUAUUUCAGAUAAAAUGAGAUAAUGUAAAUUGCAAAAUACACAGCAACUAUGAUUUUGUACCAAUAUUAGUAUUUUUUCAACAAUUUCCAUGUUAUAGUUUCAUUACAUCUAUAAUGAUUUGAUUUUUAAAAGUAUUGAUUUGCUUCUUUUUUUAUUGUAUGUGAAUGUUUGUAUGAUUAUACUUGGUUUAUAAAUGGUGCUCAGGAACAAAACAGUAAUGGUAUGGCAAAGAGCAUAAGUGCAACACUCAAAAGGGAAAUGACAACUUGGGGUGCCAUUUCAUAUCAGUUGAUGGAACAUGCUGGUAGGACACAAUUUAAAUAGAUAUUCAUCAUAGAUGAAUACCAAGAAUAAAUUUAAGGAAAUUAAUUUAUGGUAAUUUUCUGUCAUAAUUUGACAAGGGAAUCACAUUCUGUCUCAUGCUGAGUGUACAGAAAAAAAUCAAAGUUCUUUGAAUACUAAAGAGCAAGUUAUACUCUGUUUCAGUUGUAAUAAAUAUAAUUUUUACUCUUGUUGAGCAUAUGUUUAAGUGCCAUCAUUUUUUUUAUGAAUGUAAUGUGCACAACACAGUUUCUAAUUGCUGAAUACCAAGGGUGCAAAAAUGUAUUCACAUAUUUUUUCAGCUCAUUGGUGUCCAUACAUAAGUCAGGUUUUCAGUUGAGCAUUAGGAUUUUUCUUGGUAUUGUUACAUUAUUUCAUUAUUUUCUUCACAUGCUCAGACAUUCCAGAUAUGACACAAAUUAUGUUUUCCAUUAACUCAUUUCAUAAUUUAACCAGAUACUAGCUUUAUCUUUUUCUUCCUUUGAUUGUGUGUUUUUUUUCUAGUUUAUACAUCCUGUUGAAUUAUUAUUAUUAUUUGUGAUGAUUAUAUCAUUUUAUUAUGUUUUUAUUUCAAUAGAAACGAAACAUUAAGAUAAAAAGAAAAGUAUUUAAUUGACAGAAUUAUUAUAUGAUAAAACUUCUGGUUCAGUUCUUUAUACUGAUGCCCAUGGCAAAUAAAAACUGAUCUGUGAAAUUACUGAAUCUGCAGUGGUUGCUGAUAUGGUACCAUUACAUCCCCAAAACAGCAUGUCUCUACUCUUGAGAUAAAAGACCUCAGCAUGUUGGAGAAAUGGAAUAUUUGAACAUUUGAACCACAAGACUUAGUCCACACGAUUGGCAGUACUUGGCAGCUAAACUUUGUUAACAAAUCACAUUCCAUUUUACACAAUAUGAUGGUGCGUGAUGAAUAAAGAUAACAUCAUAAGCAGAGAAAUCAUGGGCACCCUGUUGACAUACCUGUAGUUAAGACAAUAUGGCCAGUGUCUGCUGGGCACUGCUGAAUCUAUUAACAAUGCUAAAGAUAGAAAGUGCCCAGUGCUUGCUAAUCAUGUGGAUGGGGCCUAAAACUUUGGGUUACUUCAUUGGUUAAUUAAAAAGACAACACAUACAUGUCAAAGGAUUGAUACAGAUAACAAGAAAAAAAUCCUAUGUUAGAUAUAUUUUACCUGAAGAACAAAGUUAUAAAAAGCUAAUCAAAUGAUACAAUAUAAAAGGGACUGUGUUAAUAUAGGUAAAUUUGUUGCGUGGAUUCUAAUAUUGAGCUUGGCUGUACUGGGAUUACAUCAUUGCAUUAAUACUGAUAAAA